AAAACUUCAAACCCAUAGACAACUGCCGACAACUGACACAAACUGUAAACGUUGGAACGAGUGCACAUAACAAAGAAUAUUUGGACUCUAACGUAGAUUCGUAGUUGAAAAAUAACUGCGGCACGUAGUCCCGUACCUAAAGAGAAUGGCAGGUAUAUUCGACUUGUUUGGAAAGAUCGAUGAUCCGAUUCAGCGUGCUCCAAUCAUGCCAGAGCAUGGGAGAGCAUCAAAGCAACGUAUUCAUCAGGAAGGUCCGGGUGCAACCCCAGCAAAAUUCUUCGGGCCCAACAACGGAUGUAAACCCAAAGGAUUAUCGAUACGCUCCAACUCUGACCUUAAUAUUAAUGCUGCAAUUCCAAAGCCCUCAAUGAGCUUGAAAAAUAAAAAACAAACUGAAACCUUGAAACCAUCGGUAACUCAGAUGGACUUGGAUGGGAAACCUAUAUCCCCGCGAUCCAAAAACCAGCAAUUCCUGAAGGUCAAGGAUCUGAAGCCUUUGUCAACGAAGACCUCCCCAAAAUCCAAAUUUCUUGAAGUCAACUCUGGUGGCAAACUACAUCAGAACGAUGUGUUUAAAAAACCAUUGACACCUACUGUUAUUAAAAAUACGAGAUCAUCUACAUACCCAGAACCAGAAAAACUGGCUUUCUAUUAUGACGAAGAUGAGAACUACAUGAACACCGAUGAACCACCUACUGCUCCUGAUUUUGAAGAAUUAAUAGCUACCUUUACUCGGUCAAUUCAGACUUACGACGAUGAGGGUUUCGAAUCUGGUAAGACAGUUUUCCACUUCAAAGUUCAAAUUCAUUUGUUAGCCACAUCAUUUGAUUUUUUUUUUCUCAGAUCCUGAAAUGUUGUCCUUCCCUGCAUUACCUGAGCUCAAGCUACACGCAUGUUUAAAAUCUGAACAGAAACUUGAUGAAGAUUCGCUCAGUCUUCCGGAUAUUUCAGACAACGAAUUUUAAUGAAAACUGAGAAUAUUUCAAUACCUGGACAUCAUCGACGAGCGACUGUUCACAAUGACAAUCAAAGGCAACGAAAUACUUGUAUUUGCUGCAAAUCAGAUUUCUCAUUACUUUAUCUUGGUAAAAAUAAAAUUAAGAAUCAAAUAUGAUCGUACCAGAGUCUGAUCGAUUAUUCGUUAACUAUUGCUUUGAUUCUCAGUUUUUUCAUGCCAAAGACGUUUUUUAACCACUACUAGAUUCCCAGCUCUUGCAUUUCUAG